AAAAAGCUAUGGCGGCGUACUCGAAUGCUUACCAGGAAACUUUGGUUCGAAAUUGAAACCCUAGAAAAACCAGAUUCGAGUUUAAGGGUUGACGAGGUAGUCUAUUUAUAUCGAUUCGAGAAUUGUCAAAUAUCAAGAUUGCCCUUUGCUCUAUGGUGUUAGUCGGUUUGGGCCUUGAAAGCGGUUUUUUAAAUAAUGGGCCUUGGCCCAUUUAUGGCAUUGAGCUGGUUUUUUGAUCAGUCUAAAACCCAAAUAGGAUCCAUUUCACCAUCUCCGCUGGCCUCGCCGCCAGCCACCACCUGGAAACACCGCCUUACAUCACCGACUUCGGUUAUUCAAAGCUCCGGAGAGAAGAAACCCGACUUUCUUAUCGCUUGAAGAACAAAUGGGUAACCCAUUUUUGAAACGGUUCUUCCAUAAUCUCUAUUGUAUUGAUAAUUUUGUGAAGAAACAAGAAUCUGAAAGGUUUGUACAUGGGAUUCUUUUCCGUUGUUACUCACAACAGAAGCAAGGACAUAAGGUUGAAGAGGAUACAGUGAAGCAAAAAACUAGUGCUCCUCAAGUUUCAUUGAGGUCUAAGGUUGAGAAAGAUUCUAGACUUGGUACAUACGCUUCUGAUGAUGAAGACUUACUUGGUGAUAAUAAGUGGAAGUUAGAGCUUGCUUGGCUCACCAAAGCUCUUGAACCAGCUCUACAAUUGUGUAGGUGGGCUCUCCCAACAGUUGCAGGAAAUGAUGUUGGAAAUCGAUCCCCACCUAGUGCUCGAUCGGUUUCAGAGAUCAUUUCAAGCAUUCAACGGAGUAAGAUUGGUAUUCAGGAUUGGACUUUGAGCGAUCUUACAGUUGGCCUGUAUCUUUUAUAUCUUCGUCAAGCAUCCAUAAAUCCCAUUAAAGAUGUUAAAGGCAUUCAGAUAUCUUCAGAUUCCAUUGUCCAUGACCUUAUUUACCACACUGAAUUAGCAAAAGGUGCUUAUAAGGAUAAUGCUACCAGUCUUGCAAGGCAUAGCAUGCUUCGAGAAAGCAAUGUGUUGAAAUUUGUUAAGAAUUCUAGUGUCAUGAGGCCUGGAUAUUAUAUAGGGGUUGACACUCGUAAGAAACUUGUGAUUCUUGGAAUUCGCGGAACUCAUACAGUCUAUGACCUUAUCACUGAUAUUGUCUCUUCGAGUGAUAAGGAAGUCACAUUUGAGGGUUUUUCAACUCACUUUGGCACAGCUGAAGCUGCUCGUUGGUUUCUCAAUCAUGAGAUGGAAACCAUAAGAAAGUGCUUGGUGAAAUAUGAGGGAUUCAGGUUAAGGCUAGUGGGGCAUUCACUUGGUGGUGCUAUAGCUUCUUUACUAGCAAUAAUGAUUCGAAAAAAGUCACUUAAGGAGCUGGGUUUUAGCCCUGACAAUGUUACUGCUAUUGGUUAUGCAACACCACCAUGUGUCUCCAAAGAACUUGCUGAAAACUGCUCUGAUUUUGUUUCUACUGUCGUGAUGCAGGAUGAUAUAAUCCCUAGGUUAAGCAUAGCUUCUCUUACCAGGUUGAGGAACGAGAUUCUUGAUACUGAUUGGACGAGUGUAGUUGAGAAGGAAGAUUGGAGAAGCGUCAUAGAUUUGGUUGCAAAUGCAAAGCAGGUGGUGUCUUCAGUGCAAGAUGUAGCUCGAAAACUUGCCGACUAUGCGAAGUUUAGGAGGAAUGAAAAUUCAUCUGAUGAUGUUGUCGUCAGGAAAGAAUCACUUAAUUCUCCAAGAGCCACUUUAACCUCCGAAACAGAAUAUGAAAGCUCUGUUGCUGUUAAAAAUGGACGCUCUGCCUGUACAGCUCCGGAGGAAUUGUUUGUACCGGGUUCUGUUUACUACCUAAAGAGGAACUUGGACACUCAAUCCGGAAGCAGUGGAGAGUUUUUCACAUUGUGGAAGAGGCAUCCGGGAGAACAUUUUCAGAGAAUUGUGCUCUCCGGCAACUUAAUAUCAGACCACAAAUGUGAUAGCCAUUACUAUGCAUUAAGAGAUGUGCUCAAAGGUUUACCUGGGCCUAAUGAUAAAGGUAUUUUCAGAUGAAUAAAGGCUGUAUAAGCAUUGAUUUCUUCUUGUUUGUUUGUUUGUAAUUGAAUAUUUGUAACCAAAUAGAAAAAAAUUAUAUUAGAGAAUAUGUACAAAUCGGCUGUUGCUAUGUUACAUUCAAAAGUGUGUUCUGCCAUUGUACCAUAAAUAUUUUUAGUCAUUAGUUCAUGAUUGGUGAUGUGUUUA